CAAUCGAUUGGCAUUUAUCGGCUACUGAAAGUGAAAUGGCUGAUACUGAGCUCAGUACUGGGAUAACGCCGGAUCAAAGGCACGUUCUAGUUGAUGCUUGGAAACUGGUUAAACCAAAUAUUGUUACUCAUGGUACCAACAUAUUUGUGAAAUUCUUUGAAAAGAAUCCCGAAUACUUGGGAUAUUUUGACUUUUCGAUGGAUUAUGAAGCGAAAGAGUUGAAGGACAACAGAUCUCUACAUGCCCAUGCUUUGAACGUCAUGAACUUCUUCGGAGCAAUUAUUGAUUAUGGGUUGGACAACCCAAUUAUGUACAAAAGCAGCAUUUCAAAAAUGGUGAUUAAUCACAAGAGACACGGGGUUUCCAAACCGGAUGUGGCGAUCGUUUGUGCUAUAAUCAAGGACUACGUAUUGCAAACUCUGGGUCGCUCUGACGAGUUGGAUGAUGCAUUUACAGCCCUGCUGAACGGUAUUACCGACGCAUUCGACUAAUUCUAUUUCAAGUGCAGAGCGGCAGCUCGUACUUAUGGGUAACCAUAUAGGCUAGUAUGAAUUCACGGCAUAGGUCAAUCCAUUUACCGUGUUCGAAUCAGACGAGCUACCGGUGGAGUACAAUCGAUGAAUUGUAUCACAGA